AUCAAGCGGGGUACACAAUAACACAAACGUACACAAUAACAAAUUGGCUUCACUAUUGGUCAAAAUCCCUUUUGACCGUUUUACCCUUCCCCCACCACCCCCAACCCCCCCAUUUGCGAAUCCUUAUACCAACAACAAAGAAAUAUCAAUUGUGUCGAACAAUUCCCUUUUUAUUAAUUUUUUUUUUCAAAAAAAUCAAUUCAUCGAGAAAUUAAGAAAAGCUGAACGUGUGAUCGAUACAAGUCGAAGAAAUUUGGGAAUCGGAGAAAUGGCGAAUUUGUAUGUGCAGGCGGUGCCGACGACGGAUCUGAAUCGGAAUACGGAGUGGUUCACUUACCCCGGCGUAUGGACUAUUUACAUCCUUAUACUCAUGUUUUCAUGGCUGGUCUUCGUCUCCGUUUUCGGCUGCUCUGCAGGGAUGGCGUGGACCGUCGUUCAUCUCGCCCAUUCUAUCGUCACAUAUCACUUCUUUCACUGGAAGAAGGGGACACCAUUCUCAGAUGAUCAGGGUAUCUACAAUAGGUUGACAUGGUGGGAGCAAAUAGAAAAUGGCAAGCAACUCACACGUAAUAGGAAGUUUUUGACGCUCGUGCCUAUAGUGCUAUACUUGAUAGCCUCACACACAACCGACUAUCAACAUCCCAUGCUAUUCUUCAAUACACUAGCAGUUUUCAUUCUGGUGGUUGCCAAAUUUCCAAAUAUGCAUAAAGUCCGCAUAUUUGGAAUUAAUGCCGAUCAAUGAUUUUCUAGGUUCGUUUUAGCAAUUCCGUUUGCAGAUUCAUCUUUUAUCUCCAAUUGUAUCUUCUUCAUCAAUGCAGCUAGCUGUUCAAAAUAUUGCGAUUUUUUUUUAAUUUGAUGUGGAAACUAAUAGAGGAUAUAUAAUACCACUGUCGAAAGUAUUUAGUGCCAAAACCUCUCAGAAGCUCGAUAUUCUCUGUUUUGAAGUUCAUUAUUUCAAAUUUGUGAAGUUCUGCGUGAUCAAUGCAAUAUUCUUUUGUUUCAUUU